CGUGCCAGAAUAAAUCGAACUGCGGAAAAAUAUACACGACUGACUAUAUUCAAUUAGUAUCCAUUCGUUGAAGUAGCAGCUAACUGUCGAUCGACUGUGUAAGUUUUGUUUUUCUCCUGCGAUCGCAGUGCAAACCUACACUACACCUUUAAUAUGGAAUCGCCCAAUUCAACUACCAAUCCAAACUCACUCACGAACAACGUGGUAACGGUUCCGAUACCAAUUCUACCCUCUGAGGGAACCUACGCGUACGUAUUCGUGAAAGGAUCGCUGUACGCUAAAGACAGUGCCAUAUUCGCUUGCUCCACGGACGAGUUGCAGGCCCUCUCGAAGCGAUUCCAGAUCAGCACGAUUCCGAUUGAUAACGGUGUGAUGAUGAAAGUGGCUCCUUCAUUAGUCAUCAAUUCCUUGUCUCAGCUCGGUUACAAAGUCAUUUCGAGCACUGGUGAAGCGGAAAUAGUAUGGACACUGCAGCGUGAACUGUAGAAUAUUCGGCUGGGA